AUGAAAAUCUCCGUACAAAGUGGAGAUUGGAGUCGAAUUUUAUCUCCAAACCGCCACUUUGUUUGCGUCGAUGAACACGAUGAUUAUAUCUCUUCAGGGCCUGGUCUUGAACAAUCAGCCAUUACCGAGGUCUUCCGUCGAUUUUUUGAGGAACGUGAGCAUGAGUUUUGUACUCCACUUUAUGGGGAAUACACGACGCUCCAAUCUGCCGACCUGCAAAUAUCAUCCAAUAAGCAUGAUGAACUGGUUCUGUUUGGGGCUGCAACUGGAUUAGCUCUCAUUUAUGGACACUACCCGGGACACUUGAAUCCUCUUCUCCUCAUUUAUCUCCUCAAUGAUUGUAACAUAUCCUGCCUUCAUCAUGAGUUGGUCUCCUCCUAUUUGCCUUCAAUCAGUGAGAUGCUAGAGCGCUGGUUGAAUAUUGGGCCGAUGGAUAGCAUUGCGGAAUUCAGUUCACACUUUGCCUCAUAUCACAAUAUACAGGUGCGACGCUCAGAAUCUUCUAUUUGUACUCAACUAAUGUCUACCAUAGCUUGCAGUCUGCAUGGACGUUCAGAAGCUGGUCACCACAAGCUUGCAUGGGAAAUGCUUCAUAAUGUUGUCAUUGGUCCCAUAGACAUCGAUAACGCCUAUUUUGCUGCUUUUCUUAAGGGGUUCUUACUUCCUUGUGCUACAGGGAUCGAUCUUGUUGAUGUAAGUCUAAGAAAUUGUGGCAGCUUCUUUGGGGGACCUGAAGAAUUUAUUCGAACUGCGGAAAUGUCUACAAUUCGCGAUUUUGCUUCUCUAAACAUCAGCAUCUCUUGUGAUCUCAAGCAGCCAUCAUUGGAUGAACUGGCCCAAGCGCUCAGCGCUGCUGGUCCUCAAUUUACUGGGAAGACUUUUCAAGACAUUAUAGAAGAUUUUCUUGCCGGUACUGGAGCACCGUGUCCGGAGCUUUUGGCCAGUAUGAUGGAUAGAUUCAGUCCCGAGGUCAAAACCUGCUUAUCGGGACUACGGUCUCCAACAUUCCGCAUGCGCUUAAUGUGCUGGGCUGUGACAGGUGCUACCAGGGUAUUGCUCGAAGGGGAGCCAAUGCAACUUUCAUCUACCCUCUAUAUGCCUCGGGUUGACUCCCAAUAUGACUGCCAAAGCCACAUCUUACAUUACGACGUAGAACUGCCUGGCGUGCAACGUCAGCACCUCAAGGUCAUCACCGCCUAUUCAUCCAUAUUUAAGGAACGGAACCUUGUGGUUUGGGGAAUGUCGUUGGCUCCUAAUUGGCGCGUUCCAAGAAAGUUUGGCUUGUGCAUUCAUGAGAAUUCUCUGGCUCCGCCAAGACUUAGCCCACCGGUGGACUUGCAACGCAGUUCCAGAGAAUUUCAUGGGUAUAUUGCUGCUCCUUAUGAUACGAUGUCAGCACCGUUGCAAGCAACAAUGGAAAGGGCUCAUGGUGAAUUUUAUCGCGUUCUACGAAUUCCAGCUAAAACGCAGUUGUGCGACAUUAUCGCCGUCUUGUCAAAUGGUAUACUCUCGUUCACCAUUAGAUGCGACAAGCCAUUGAUGCAGGAUGAAAUUCCGGCAGCGCAGGAAAUGGUUGAGGAGACGGUCGAGGUGCAUUAA